CAGUAGCACCAGCGCCACAAACACUCCGGCGUAGGCGAGUAAAGGAAAAAAUACAUAAGCAAUGCUUGGCCAGCUAAACUGUGUCUUUUCCGCUCGUUGAGCGCUCAUAGGCUGGACGGUGGCCGCGGAGGAGACGCAUGGAGGCGGUGCUGAGAAACUUGGCGAGCACAUGUGAGCUGCUGGCGGUGGCGGCGCUGAGCGGGGAGGUGCGGCGGUGGGAUGAACACACUCUGCCCAGAGCCUUUCAGUGGGCCCGGUACUGCGAACACCUCUUCUCCAGGUUCCACAAUAACCCCGCUAUAAGGAGGAUUAUGGAGAAACAGCUGCAGCUCACUAAUCAAAGUUUGCUGGCUGCCUUCCCUGGAUACACUGAGGUCUCCUUCUCGGACCUCUCCCGGUGUCAGCACUUGUUGCUUGUUGGGCUGUUGAAAAAUCCUGAGCUGCCUAUCUCCAUCAUGAAGAUACUCUUUGACACUACGAGCCCUGUAAGCACCAAGCAGAGUGAGUGCCAGGAUGUAACAGGCUUCUGCAGUCACAUCAUUCAAUGCAAAUCUGCUUAUAAAGUCCUGAGUCCACUCACAGACCGGUCAGCUGUUGGUGCUGAUGCUGAGGUGCAGGCGGGGAUACUGAUGGAGAGGUUGGAUGCCCUGCUGAGCCGAGGCAGUGAUGCCUGCCGACCAGAGCACAUUUUAGACUCCGUCCUCCAGGGAUUUGAAGGAGCAGCAGGACAUUUCUGUCUGGUCAUCGCUGCAGCUCUGCUGACAAAGAAGAACUCACCCGCACAAAGUGCUUCACAGGACUUUCUGUUGGACUGGCUGCUGAAAGAACACAGUGUUCUGCAACGCAUGUGUACUGCUCUGCCUGCUACACUUAUUAAAGACCUGACCAAAGAACACCUGCAAUUUAGAGAUGCUUACUGUGAUUUGCUGAAAAAGUGGGCCUCUGAUAUGGAGUACAGCAUGAGUGAGGGUGAAUGGGUUCAAACCACAACAAACCGAACAGUGUCCUUUAACAGACUGACUGAGCACUUCCUUGGCUUGGUUGAGAGCUGUCCCUCUCUGAGGGAGGAUGUAGUAAAGGAGCUCAAUGCUUUGAAAAUGUCCGAUGGAGACUUUGAUGUCAGAGGUCUGAGUGUCUGGGGAGACCUCCUGUCAGCUUUAAGCAGGUGACUGUCAGUCUAAUGAUUAUUUAUUGCGAAGAGAUGCCAAAAUGUAGCCAAAUGUCUAAAUCUGUUUAUAUCUUUAUGUAAUGUAUGACUAGGGCUGGGUAAUAAAGCUCAGUACUUUUUGUUACCAAAGAAAAUGUCCAUAGCACU